AUGAGUGAAGAAGACUCCCAGGAAUUAGAAGAGACUUUUAACAGAAUAAAAACACAUUUCCCCUCUGCUAGGAUAAAAAAAUUGAUGCAGAGUGAUGAUGAUAUCGGAAAAGUUGCCCAGGCCACCCCAGUGGUGGUGGGAAGAGCAUUGGAACUGUUUUUAUGUUCACUGGUAGACAAGUCAUUGGAGGUGGCUCGUGAGAGCGGAUCACGCCGUAUACAACCUGCACAUUUGCGUAAGGCUGUGGCAGAGAAUGAGCAAUUCGACUUUUGCCAGUCGAUUCUGGAUGGUGAGCCAAGGGAAGAGUGA